GAUCAAACAAACAUAGAGAAAAAAUUUCAAAAAACUAUCUCUUCCAUCCUUGUCCAAAUGGGAGGUUCCUCUAAUUACCAUGCUCGUUCCAACAGCCUGCCGACGAGGCCUCACCCCCUCGUGACUGAGUGCGAUGAGCACCUAUGCCGUCUGAAGGCAAUGGACUCGGCUCCAUGGACGGCGUUCGGGAUGGCAAACAAGCUAGCAGGACUGCAGGAUUUACAGGAGUGCGUGAACAAGCUGCUGUUGCUGCGGCGGACGAGGGAUGCCUUUGCGGCACAUCGACGGGAGAAAUGGGUGGAUGAGGUGUUUGAUGGAUCGUUGAGAUUGCUGGACUUGUGUAGCGCUUCUAAGGAUGGUGUUAUUCAUACCAAGGAGUGUGUGAGGGAGUUACAAUCAUUGGUUAGGAGAAGAUCGUCUUCUUGGUGUUGCGGAAAUGGUGUUGCUAAUCAGGUGGAGAAAUAUUUAGCAUCAAGAAAAGUAGUGAAAAGAGCCAUCCAAAAGGCUUUAGCAAGCGUGAAGACUUAUGGGGCAAGGCCAAGUUCAAUCUCCAUUAAAGACACCGAAACUAUUGCCUUAAUAACCCUAUUAUUCGACGUAGAAGUUGCAAGUGUGAAUGUUUUUGAAGCACUUUUGAGCUAUGUUUUGGGGAAGAAAGGAAAGGCCAAGGGUAGUGGUUGGGCGCUAGUUUCAAAGUUGAUGCGCUCCAAACGUGUGCUUUUAACUGAGGACGGUGCAGAAGGAGAGGCAAACGAAUUUGCCACCAUAGAUGCAGCAGUCGAUGUGGUGGCGAGUAGAUUAGCUUCUGAUAGCAGCACGAUCAUAGGUGGUGGUGGCAUAGAGAGCAUGGGAGAUCAGUUAGGAAAGUUGGAAGCAUGUGUUCAAGAUUUAGAAGGAGGAUUGGAGGGUUUGUUUAGAAGAUUGAUAAGAAAUAGGGUUUCAUUAUUGAAUAUUAUCAAUAACUAAGGAUAUGAGAGAAUGUCAAUUUUAAAGUUAAUGGGAUUCCAUUGAUGUGUGUAUUUUUUAGGCCAUAUAUGGAAGGUUUGUAGAUUAAUAUAAUUAAUGCCAAAUAUUUGUGUGUAUAUAUUUGUCUUGCAUAAAGAAAAAAAAAACAAAGCCGUAUUUUCCUCUCCCACAA